GCAACACUCAUCCACUGUCAACAGUAUUUAAUCUCUCAAAUAUCACCUCGUCCUUCUCCUAACAUCUUUCAUCUACAACUACCACCAUCAGAUAGCCCUCUACGCGUACGGAAGUGCCUACACUUAUCUCUCAGUCAAACAGCCUCGCCAUCCUCUACACCUUUCAAUACCAUCAAUUCUCCAACCAACCACGAUGGCUCCGUGGACCGAUUCCAACGACCGCAAGUUGCUUCUCACCUUGAUCGAUCUCAAGUCGAAGAAGGACUGGGCCCGCAGCGCUGAACUGAUGGGUCCCGAGUUCACUGCUGAAGCUUGUCGCCAGCACUUUCGCAAAUUCAAAGAUGAGGUCGAUGAGAUAAUCGCAGCCGCCGAGGGCAAGAAAAAUACCUCUACCACCGCUGAUCCUACGGCCGAUACUCCUAAAGGACGCAAGCGCAAGGCCCAAGCCACUUCUUCCGUCUCUCCUAAGAAGCGUGGCCGCCGCGCUGCAGCCGCUAAAGUCAAGACCGAAAGCGCUACUGAGGAUGAGGAGAGCUCCUAGGCUGUUUUGGAGAGAUUAGAUGACCGCCUUAUGCGUUUCCAGCAUCUGGCUGAUGGAUCUUUUGCCGGGUUUAGGACGGUUUGAAUGUUCACUUGGG